CUAAAAAAGGCUACUUGGGGUCAAAGCAACCUCGCAACACUACAACGACGACUCUCUUACAUCCUUUUAUAAUGCUUAACAUUAUCACCUUCCUUUUCAUUUUUAUAAUCUCCUCAGUUUCUGCUUACUCGUUCUGUAGUCUUAGCUGUAAACUCUUUAUAUAAAAACUAACUCUCCACGAACUCUCCACACACAUCGAGACAGAACACAACAGAGGAACUGAUUUUAAUGGCUGAACAUACAAGAAAAUCCUAUUGGUUUCUCUCUGUUUCUGGAUUAACCACGUUUCUCGCCUGCAUCAUCAUCUUCCUUCUCGUGGGGAUAACAAGACGAAAGAGAAGAGAGCCUCACAGGCUGCCUCCAGGAAGCAGAGGAUGGCCUUUGAUCGGAGACACCAUAGCUUGGCUCAAUGCCGUUUCCGGCUCUCAUCCUUCCAGCUUCGUCGAGAAACAAGUCAAAAGGUAUGGGCGGAUAUUUUCAUGUAGCUUGUUUGGGAAAUGGGCCGUGGUAUCAGCAGACCCGGCGUUUAACAGGUUCAUAAUGCAGAACGAAGGCAAGCUGUUUCAGUCUAGUUAUCCGAAGUCUUUCAGGGAUUUGGUGGGAAAAGAUGGAAUCAUAACUGUCCAUGGAGAACAACAGAGACGCCUUCACUCAAUCGCAUCGAGCAUGAUGCGUCAAGACCAGCUCAAGACUCAUUUCCUUGAGGAUAUCCCCGCGGUUAUGCUUCAGACGUUGAGUAACUUCAAGGACGGUGAAGUUGUCCUUCUCCAAGAUGUCUGCAGAAAGGUUGCGAUUCAUCUUAUGGUUAACCAACUUAUUGGAGUGUCGAGCGAAUCAGAAGUAGAUGAAAUGUCUCAGCUUUUCUCUGAUUUUGUUGAUGGAUGUCUCUCUGUUCCUAUCAACUUGCCUGGCUUCACUUACUACAAAGCCAUGAAGGUAAUGAUCAGUAAAACAAAACCAAUGGUUGGUCUUUUCCUGAGAGUGUUCUUGUUUCAUGUUCAGGCAAGAAAGGAGAUCAUAAGGAAGAUAAACAAGACGGUAGAGAAGCUGGUGCAUAGCAAAGAGGCAGAUACUGCUGGGAACGGUGUACUUGGAAGGUUGCUAGAAGAAGAAAGCUUACCAAAUGAAUCAAUGGCAGAUUUCAUCAUCAAUCUUAUGUUUGCUGGAAAUGAAACUACAGCGAAAACAAUGCUGUUUGCGGUUUACUUCCUCACUCACUGUCCUAAGGCAAUGACCCAAAUCCUGGAGGAACACGAGAAACUUGCGGGAGAAACACUAACAUGGCAAGAUUACAAGACAAUGGACUUCACUCAAUGUGUAAUAGAUGAAACACUCAGGCUUGGUGGGAUUGCAAUAUGGCUAAUGAGAGAGGCUAAAGAAGAUGUCUCAUAUCAAGAUUACGUGAUCCCCAAGGGAUGCUUCGUGGUUCCUUUUCUAUCAGCAGUGCACUUAGACGAGAGCUAUUACAAGGAAAGUCUUUCCUUCAAUCCAUGGCGGUGGCUUGACCCUGAAACUCAGCAAAAGAGGAACUGGAGAACGAGUCCUUACUAUAGCCCAUUUGGUGGAGGAACUCGGUUUUGUCCAGGAGCAGAGCUGGCUCGCCUUCAGAUAGCUCUCUUUCUGCAUUUCUUCAUCACUACAUACAGGUGGACACAACUUGAGGAAGAUCGUAUCUCCUUCUUCCCUUCUGCUCGUCUAGUGAAUGGAUUCAAGAUCCAGUUGAACAGACGGGAGAAAGAUCCUCCUCAAUGUCAAUAACCAACCCAACAAUCUUCACUUUUGUAGAUCUAUCUCUUUGUAAUGAUAUGUAUAUUCACUGUUAAAACGCAAGUGAUUUUUGUUGUCAUUAUUGUAACUCCAGAUUUGCAUAAUAGUGUUUUAACUCCAAAGUCACUCCAAUCCAACUUACUACUCUG